UCGUAGUUGCUUGGUAGUGUCUGGCUGCAAAACGAGGAGGAGGACAAGGAUCGGAAGGUCUGGCUGUGCGGGCAUAGGAUGGCUCCUCUUCCUCCCUCCUCCUCCUGCUGCUGCUGCUCCUCCUCCUUCAGCCGGAGCCGCCUCCUCCUCACCACCCCCACUCCUCCUCCAGCUCUCUUCUUCUUCCUAUCGAAGCCGAGGAGGCGGAGGCCUCCACCCCCACCUCGCCUCAUCAGCUCCUGCUGCUCCUCCUCCUCGUCGUCGUACAACGGCUGGUCCGACCUCGCCGCGGCGCCCGACCUUCCCCUCUUUCCCCUCCCGCUACAGCCCACCACCCAUCGCCAUGGCCUUCUCCUCUUCCUCCUCCCCGCCGCCGCGGCAGCCCUCGCCCUCUCCCGCCUUCCUCCCCUCCCCCUCCUCGCCGCCGCCUUCACCGCUGGAUUCGCAGCUAGGCACCUCUCCUCCCCGCCCCCGCAAUCAAAUUCCGCCCUCCUCGCCCAUCUCGAUGCGCAGCUCCGCGCCCUGAGGGGCCACUUGCUUUCUGAAGCCGACCCGGGCCUCCUCGUCCAGGCCGUGGAUCGCCUGCUGGAUGCGGUCGCCGACGCGGCCAGAUUGGCCGCCCAAGGCGAUACCACCCGCGCCGUCUCAGAUGCGCUCCCACCCGUGCUCGGAGCGCUCGGGGAGGUCGGGGACUGUCUCGGUGCCUGGGCUCGCCACGCCGUGCGGGAUCUCAGCCUCAGCUCGCCAAGGAGGAGGCAGCCUACUAAGACCAACAAUGCAGAUGUGUCCAAGGCCAACCAGCCUGCUGCUGCUGCUGCUGCUGCUGCUGCAAGUCCUCAACCGCAACCACAAAAUCCAUCUGUCGCCGCUAAUAUUGCAAGUGGCAUGCUGCAGUUUGACGAGGAUGACAGUGGACUCAAGGCGAAGCUGGGAGAUGCUGGAUUGGAGAGGCUAGUGUUCAAGCACAGGCAUGGCCGUGACCGUGUGCAGGACGAUCCAUUCCAAGCUGCUUCCAGUAGGUUUUCCACCGAAUCAUCUUUGCUUGAGAGGACGCUUGAAAUUCGGGACAGGUCCUACAGGUUCAAGAUUGAGCGCCGUGACACUGGUAGCCAAGUGAAUGAAGCACAAGACAGGGCAGCAGAUGAACACCUUGUUGAUAAUGCCGCUGCUUUGGAUCCUGCCUAUGAUGGAAGUGCCGCUGCCGAUUCGGACAGCGAGGAGUUCAGCCGUAACGUCAAGGAGGCUGCGCAGAUCUUGAGGAAGGUGAGGGAAUCCAUGGUGGCCAUGGCUGAUGAAGAGACUGCAGACGCUCUGCUGUACAAAUCAGCUAGGCUCCUUUCCACAGCUGUAGCUUUGAGGCCAACUAGUCUGGUAGCAGUGGGUCAGCUUGGGAACACCUACCUCCUCCACGGAGAGCUCAAGCUCAAGAUUAGUCGCGAGCUCAGAACGCUCUUGGCCAACAGCGGGGCUUUCCUGAAUGGAAGAGAGCGUGUUUCACGAUCCAGGAAGGUAGAUAGCAGAAUCUUAAGCAGAGAGAGCAUUUCAUCAGCCCUUGUUGAUGUAUGUGAAGAAUGCGAAAGCCUCCUUGUUGAGGCUGGCAGAAGCUACAGGACAGCCCUCUCGAUUGAUUCUGGUGAUGUCAAGGCGUUGUACAACUGGGGGCUGGCACUUAUCUUCCGAGCACAGUUACUUGCUGAUAUCGGACCGGAAGCGGCAGUUGAUGCUGACCAGGUGUAUCUGGCUGCAAUUGAUAAGUUUGAUGCCAUGCUGUCGAGAAGCAACACUUACGCUCCAGAAGCUCUCUACAGAUGGGGCACCACACUGCAGCAGCGAUCCCAUCUUCGGCCUCGGAACAACAGGGAGAAGAUAAGGCUUCUGGAGCAGGCGAAGAGCUUGUUUGAAGACGUGCUGUAUGUGGAAGCAGAUAACAAGAUGGUGAGGGAGGCGCUGUCAUCAUGCAUAUCAGAGCUCAACUACCAUGGCCGAUGGUUAUAGCCUGUUAAUGUUGUUUUUAACAAGCGAGGAAGAGAGGCAUGAGCCAAAUUAGUUAGUAAUAGUUGAUAACAUACAAUGCAACAGGAGUGUUUGUAUGGCUGAACCGAAUAGUACAAUGAAUAAACCACGGUCAAUUUUGAGUUGAAAGAUGCA